AACAAGUUCAGUCCGGUGUUAAAACGCGGCCGUCAGCCGUUGAACGUCGCAUCUGAAGUCUCUAAAGUCUUCAGUGCAACCGGAUUAAAACGACAAUAAGAACCCGAUUUAGUAUCGAUUAGACUGGUGUUGGAGGGAACUACUUAGCGCUGUUUCUGCGCUCUGGGUUUUCCACACGGAGGGGUUUGAGCGCCCGGACCGUAAAUACACUGUGUUGUGUCGCUCCUUUUGCUGGGGAAACGAUGAGAAGUACAAGAGGACCAGCCGGGGUCCAAUGACACGCAUUGGCAUCUGCAAAGGAAUAUUAAUAAUAUCAGUAUCCUCCAUAAGACACAAGAGUUGAGAGGCGGACAUGGAGGCGGGUCGGCGGAGCAGCCUGAGCGGGGUCCUGGUGUCCCUGUCCCUGUUUGGUGUGCUUCUGGACAUCCAGCUGGACGGCGUCCUGGGAGCCACGGCGGUUGACAUCGAGCAGCACUUGGAAAUGGGUCGGAAGCUGCUGGCAGCCGGUCAGCUGGCGGAAGCUUUGUCUCACUACCACUCAGCUGUGGAGGGCGACCCCAAGAACUACCUGACCUACUACAAGCGGGCCGCCGUGUUCCUGGCCAUGGGCAUCAAGUCCGCCCUGCCCGACCUCACCAAGGCCAUCCUGCUCAAACCAGACUUCCUGGCUGUAAGUCCCUGCUAGUCCGGGAACAUCCUGCUGAAGCAGGGCAGCUGCCUGGAGGCGCGAGAGGACUUUGAGGCCGUGCUGGAGCGCUCCCCGGACCAGCAGGAGGCGCGGGAGCAGCUGUUGCGGACCAACGAGCUGGAGGAGCUGCAGGAGGAGGCGCACGCCGCCCACCCACGGGGAGACUACGGCAGCAGCAUCAGCGUGCUGGAGCGCGUCAUCGAGAUCUCCCCCUGGGACCCAGAGUCGCGGGAGCUGCGGGCCGACUGCUACAUCCGGCUGGGGGACCCCCAGAAGGCCAUCCAGGACCUGACCCCCACCACGCGGCUCCGCAACGACAACCGGGCUGCCUUCCUCCAGCUGAGCACCCUGCACUACAGCCUGGGGCAGCACGCAGAGUCCCUGGGCCACAUCAGGGACUGCCUGAAGCUAGACCAGGACGAUAAGGAGUGCUUCAGACACUACAAGCAGGUCAAGAAGCUCAGCAAGCAGCUCGACUCGGCCGUCGAACUCAUCCAGGCUGAGAGGUUCGAGGAGGCGAUGGAGAAGUACGAGUCGGUGAUGAAGACGGAGCCCAACGUGGCCUUCUACACCAACCUGGCCAAGGCCCAGAUCUGCUUCUGCCUGGUCAAGCUCAGGGACCCCCAGGAGGCGAUCCACGUGUGUUCAGAGGCCCACCAGCGGGACCCCCGCAACGCCAACGUGCUGCGGGACCGGGCGGAGGCCUUCAUCCUCAACCAGGAGUACGAGAAAGCGGUGGAGGACUACCAGGAAGCGCGGGAGUUCGACACGGACAGCAGUGAGAUCCAGGAAGGCCUGGAGCGAGCCAAGAAGCUGCUGAAGCUCUCCCGCAAGAGAGACUACUACCGAAUCCUGGGGGUCGGCAGGAGUGCGGGUAAGCAGGAGAUCAUCAAGGCCUACAGGAAGCUGGCUCAGCAGUGGCACCCCGACAACUUCCAGUCUGAGACGGAGAAGAAGGAGGCGGAGAAAAGGUUCAUCGACAUCGCCUCGGCCAAAGAAGUGCUCAUAGACCCAGAGAUGCGGCAGAAGUUUGACUCGGGCGAGGACCCCCUGGACCCUGAGAGCCAGCAGGGGGGCGGGGGGGGGCAGGGCUCCCACGGGUGGCCCUUCCACUUCAACCCCUUCGAGUCGGGGGGCAACUACCACUUCAAGUUCCAGCACAACUAGAACCAGGGGCCCGGGGUGGCUGGGGGACCAUGGUGGGGGCCCCGGCGACGUCUGGACGGGACACUGGGGAGAGGGACGGAGGAAGUACUUUAUUUUUUGGGGGGGGGGGGGGGGGGGGGUGGGUGGGAACGGGAGGAACAGCCUGAGCAGUGCUUCACCUCGGACUGGUUUUAUUUGUCGUCUUUUUUUAUUUGUCGCCUUGUUGGGUGGUCGGGUGGUUGGGUGGUCUGAACCUCGACCGUACCGCAGCCCCCCCCCCCCACCCCCGGGGGCCCCAGUGACUCUCUGGUCGACAAGAUGGGGACACCCUGCUUCGGUUACAGUUGGUGGUUUAGUCGAGUCCUUCUGCGAUCAAGUCUCUCCCAGCGUGGAGGUGGGGGAGGCGUUGGCGGCGGUGGCGGUGGGGGAGGCGGUGGCGGCUGGACUCAGCAGCGCUUCCUUCUCCACGCUGUCCUUCUGGGACGGGUGAUUCUCCCGGUGAUUUCUCUGUGCCAUUGGUGAAUCUCUACCAAGAGACUUCUAUUUAGCUUUAGUUUUUUCCCGUUUUCAGUUGCUCACUCUUUGUUCUCGUCUUGGAUGGCUUCUACAUUUUAAACCGACUGAAGCGGAACUUGAAGAUUUUUCAUUUUGUUUUAUAAAGUCUGGUUGAUUCAAGACUUUUAGCAUGUACUACUUUUUUAAUUUUCUUUCCUUUGUCUCUUCAAGCACAUCUUUGUGAACUUGCACUUUUAAAAUAAGAAAAAAACAUUUCUUAAAAACAACCACUCCAGAUUUGGUUAAACCCCAGAAUGUUUACUGUGUUCCCUCCUCCUAAAUUUCCACCAAGAAAACUCCAGUUGUCGUUUGAAAGUCAAAGGAUCAAUAAAGUUACCUUUAAGAGCUUGAACCAUCAAAA